UUCUUCUUGUUUUUCCAUUCCCAUACCUCUCUCUCUCCAACCUCCCAUUUCCUCUUCAUCUUCUCUGAACCCGCCAUGGCCCAAACCAUUACCAUAACCCACACCCCUUAAAGCCUCUAAUGGGCAAAGCCUUCAAAUGGUUCCGCAGCCUCCUCGGUCUCAAAAAACCCCACCCACAUACACCCAACAAUCCUAAUUCCAAUAAGCUCAACCCCAAAUGCCACUUCGCCAAAUCCUACAAGGACAACACCAAGCCCCGUCACCAUGACUCCACCGCCUCCAAUCCCGACCACCAUGCCGUCGCCAUCGCUGCCGCCUCCGCUGCAGUUGCCGAAGCCGCCGUCGCCGCCGCCCAUGCCGCAGCUGCCGUCGUCAAGCUCACUAAUAGUGGACGGUCCGUGCCCACCAUGACGCCCGCCCAUGCCUUUCACGAGGCUGAGUGGGCCGCCAUCAAAAUCCAGGCGGCCUUUCGUGGAUUUCUGGUUCGUUUUUUGUAGCCUUCAUCUUUUAGAAUUUGGUUAAAUUCAAUUUUAAUGCCAAAAACACUUUGGAAAGAGAUUUAAAGUCAAAUUUGGAAUUCAACCAUUUCAUUCUCUAUUAUUUCCUUUAGAAUCUCAACUAAUAAAAUCUCGAACUUUUGACAUUGGGAUUACCAAAAAGCAUCCUUUUUUUUUUUGUUUUUUUUAGUCUUAGCUGUUGGGUGUGGUGCACACUCAUAGCUCUCUACUCACUCACAAGUCACAUCUCAAAUCAAAUCAAAUCAAAUUAAAUAUUAAUAAAUAAUAUAAAUUUUGCAAAAAUUAAUAAAGCUUUUUACAAAGUGGUUGGACGAUUGCUUUCCAAUGGGAAACGGGAAGGAUUUUCUUACAUUGAAACACGAAAGUUCCUUCCGGACGACGUCGUUUUCGUAGUACUGUGUUUCCAAUAUCAAAACGGUGUCGUCCUAUCUCUUCAUCUGAACACCGCGUGGGACCCUUCCCCUGCACUUCUGCCACCUGUCACUUCAACUCCCUUUCAUUGUAAGGUGGAAGGGAGCUUUCACCAUAUUGAUGCUCUGGAUUCUCUCUUCUGUACUUACAUUUGUUUUAUUUAUUUAUUUUAUUUCAUUUUUGGAAAUUGUUUAAAGAAAAGGAAAUGUUCAGAUUGUAGAUGGUGCUGAGUGUUUCUAUCUUUGUAUGCUCUAUCUUCAA